AAAAAAAUAUUAAUAAUAAAGUGGAAAGUAUUCUACCAAACAAAGCUGUUAAAAAAGUGAAUAAAAAAAAUGUAUUAGUGAGAAAAGGCUGUGAAUCUCUGCUGCACUCUCACGGUGUCACCACCUUCGAAACCCAAACCCUCAUCGCUUUUCUCCUUCUUCUUCCUUCCAUUUUCCUCUGCAUUGCCAUAAUUUCUCCUCCAAAUCACGCAUUCAAUCCACAAACGAAUCCAUCCAGCUCAAUCCAUCAAAAAAAUCUGCAAUUGCUUCGUUUAACAUUUGUUUGAUCAAUUCGAUUUCCGCGUUCAGGCAUUGGCGUUUGCCUAUAUCACAUUGCCGCAAUUUCUUCUCCAAAUCAACCAUUCAAUCCAGAAUCAAAUCCAUCCAGCUCGAUCCGUCUCGAAAAUCUGCAAUUUCUCUGCUCAACAUUCGUUUGAUCAAUUCGAUUUCACGCAGAUCGUUUCCGAAUUCCGAUGUGGCUGAGGCGAAACAAAGCGAGACACCGUGUCCACGACGCGCCGACGCUGAAAUUCGCCUGCUCGUCGUUCAAGGAUGUCCACAGCCUCCUCUACGACGAUGCCGAUUCCCCGCGCUCCCCUUCCUCGCCGUCGAUCUACCACCGCAACCGCAGCGCGAAGGAGCUCAUCCGCUCCCUGUCCAUCCCCACCGCCCGCGAGAUCCGGAUCCGCGGCGCGGCGGCGGAGAAUUCCGUGGUGGUGUACUUCACGAGCCUCCGCGUGAUCCGCCGCACGUUCGACGACUGCAGCGCCGUCCGAUCGAUCCUCCGGUCGUUCCGCGUGCCGAUCGACGAGCGCGAUCUGGCGAUGGACUCGCGGUUCAUGGAGGAGCUGCAGAGGAUCCUCGGCGAGCCGGAGAAGUCGCUUCUGACGUUGCCGAGGGUGUUCACGGGCGGGAGGUAUCUCGGCGGCGCGGAGGAGGUGCGGCGCCUCCACGAGAGCGGCGAGCUGAAGAAGCACCUCAAGGGGCUGCCGCCGGCGGAACCGGGCACGUGCGGGGUGUGCGGCGGUUACGGAUUCGUGCUGUGCAAGGAGUGCGGUGGGAGCCACAAAUGCUAUUACUAUAGGGGGAAGAAAAGCGUAUUCAGGAGUUGUACCUCGUGCAAUGAGAAUGGUCUCGUCAGGUGCCCUUCUUGCUCUUGCUCCCCUGCGCCGCCUACAUGACCUGUUUCUUCUUUUCAUCUAAUAAAACAGCAGAUUAAUUACUCAGUUUUAGUGUUUGAUUUUUUUAAUUACUGGUUUUUUUUAUUAUGUGACUAAGAGUGUUACGUUUGGAUUAAUUUUGAUGCACCAUUGAGUUUGUGAUUUUGUUACUGUUAAUCUUGAUUAUGGUGUAGCUUGUGUUGAUUAAUUCUAUGUAGUUUUC